GCAGCGAGAGCGGCUGUGACAGAAACUCCAUGCACGACUCAACUGCCCGAACUUGACCCCUCUACCAACAAAACGCGACAGAAAUCCUCACAAUGAUUCGCAAACAAGCAAGACAGCGCAGAGAUUACCUGUACCGCAAGGCCGCGAUCCUCAAGGAUGCCGAGAUCAACGAGAAAAAGGCCAAGCUGCGAGCAUCUUUGGCCCAGGGAAAACCUCUAGACCGGGACAUCGCGAACGACAAGGAGCUACGGAAGGACUAUCAGUAUGACGAGUCGCGCAUAGACCAGAACGACGACCUGGACCUCGACGACGAGUAUGCGCAGCUGAGUGGCCUGGUCGACCCGCGGGUCAUGGUGACAACGAGCCGAGACCCGAGCGCGCGCUUGGCUGCCUUCGCCAAAGAGAUACGGCUGCUUCUACCGACGGCGAUCCGACUGAACCGUGGAAAUCUAAUCCUGCCCGAGCUUGUCCGGAGUGUGCAGGCGGCGGGCCUAUCCGAUGUUGUCCUUCUCCACGAGCGCCGCGGCACUCCCACUGCGCUCACUAUAUCACAUAUGCCCCACGGACCGACCGUCUCUUUCUCACUCCACAACGUGCUUCUAAGGCACGACAUCCCGGGCAGCGUGAGGGGAACAGUGUCUGAGGCCUACCCUCACCUGAUUUUCGAGGGAUUCACAUCACGGCUGGGCCAAAGAGUUGUCAAGGUUCUCAAACACCUGUUCCCCCCGAGGGAGCCGAUCACGAGUAAGACCAAGAUGUCGAACCGCGUUAUCACCUUCAAGAAUAUCGAUGACGUUAUCGAGGUGCGGCAUCACGUUUUCGUGCGCACCGGGCACGAGAGUGUGGAGCUCGCAGAAGUUGGGCCGAGAAUGAGCAUGAAGGUCUUUGAGAUUAGGGGCGGCACCUUGGAGAACAAGGACGGAGACGUGGAGUGGCACCUCAGCCAAUACACCCGCACGAGCAGAAAGAAGAACUACCUCUGAGGAGUACGAUCAAGUUCGAAUUUGCGACUCGCAUGCGACUACUUGCAGAGUGUCUUGUGUUUUCGGCUACUCUAUGCUUCAGAAUGCACUGUUUCAAUAUAGUAGAAAUAGCUUCAAAUUCGGGAGCUAAUGAGGGGAGGCUCGGAUGCACAUCACCGCUGCCCCAUUGAAAUCCCGCCGAGACCUGGCCCCCUGCGCGGUGCGGAUUUCAGCUUGAAGGAAAAAGGCCGGCCGAGGACUUGCUUUUAAUAUUCUCGGCGGGUAACCGACCGGCCCAAGCAGGCAACAGUGAAAGGGGCUCUACAUGCCCACAGAUAGCGGAUCAAAUAUAGCUUCUCCCGAUGGCAGUCUGUUGGGACUACCAGAUGGUGCUAAUGAGGCGCUUAUGCCGUGUUUUCUCGAACCCAACAAGCCCAUUCCGUUGCAUUUAGCACUAAACCCCCAUCAAGGGAGGAUUCGGAUGUGCAGUCACUGCU